UUCGCGUCAUGAGUGCCGCUGCCGCCACGUUGGUCGUACACCCUUAUUUUCGUGCAUACGUUUCCAGUCCCGCAGUGCGCGAGGCGUUGAAUCGAUUGUUUUCAUCGGUGUAUGUGUGCGAUCGUAUACCGACCCGCGACGUCAACGCUCUACUGGUGUACGGAAAGAACGUUAUUUUGAAAAAAUCGCUGUUUCUGGAAAACUAUCACGGCGGCACUGAUGCCCAUAUUGAAAACGACACUAUUGUAGACGAUUAUGCGUCCACUACGUACCGUCUACCGAAAUCCGGCGUGCGCAUGUACACUAUACAAGACAAAUUGCCACGAUUUUUACUGUGGCUGGAUACCGAGGAGUUCGAUCCAAACGUGUGUUGUACGGCCAUGUACAAGUGGUCGACGGUCGAACAGUUGCCGACCGCCGUGGCGGUCGCGUCGAAUUGGGCAAAAAAAUACGCGAACGUACCGACGUACGGUUUACGUAAAUUACGGGUAGUCGUGUUCGAUUUAGACCAAACCCUCAUAGACGACAAUCCCGUCGAUUGUAAAUUAUUCGAAAACCACGAAACCGUUUUGAACGUGGCUCGAGAAAACUAUGAUUUUGUAGUGUUGUGGUCGCACGGCAGUUCGUUACACGUAAACAAUUACGUUGCUCGGUUGAAAUUCAACUUCGAUCUCGUUUUAAACGACGUCGACGAUAAAAACGUUCAAAAUUGUAAGAAUUUAUUAAACAUUUACAAUUAUCUUAGUACGGAUUGUCGUAUAAUAUACGCGGUUUUGGUGGACGAUUCGCCGUACAAUUGGACACCGGAAUACGAUAAUUUAGUGGUGCCCGUUCGGGGCAUAACCGAUAUUUUACCCGUAAGCCACGCUUUAUACGAAUUGAAACGUUGAACAGACGUUUGCGCGCGUGU